GGUGGACACACUGUUGCGGGAUUCUACCGAGAUGCUGGCGGAACGUCGCAGAAAACGCGCGUCGUUGCUCAGCAAGGGCAGUUCUCUUAAGGCUGUAGUUAGAAUGCUUGUAUCUCGACAGUGCACACGCAUGGAAUUUCAAAUUUACUGUUCCCUCGAAAUAUUCCUAGCUUUAGAUCUAAUACUCAAGCGAAGAAACGAGACGACGAUGAUGAUGCAGCAAUAGCGCAACCUCUGAGCCCCGAAGAAAAGGCAGCUUUGAAAUUUGAGCACGAU